AUGAUGCCCCAGAAGAAGAAGAAGCGGAAGAAGGACAUCGACUUCCUAGCCCUGUACGAGGCGGAGCUGCUCGACUAUGCCUCGGAGGACGACGAGGAGGAGCUGCAGCACGAGUACUACAAGGCCAAAGUGUACGAGGUGGUCACAGCCACAGGUGAUGUUCGUGGUGCAGGGACAGAUGCCAAUGUCUUCGUCACACUUUUUGGAGAGAAUGGGCUCUCUCCCAAGCUCCAUCUCACCAGCAAGAGUGAGUCUGCCUUCGAGAAAGCCAACGUCGAUGUGUUUCGGGUGAGAACCAACAAUGUGGGCCUCAUUUACAAAAUCAGAAUUGAGCACGAUAACACAGGCUUGAAUGCCAGCUGGUACCUGGACCGUGUGAUUGUGACUGACAUGAAGCGGCCUCAUCUUCGUUACUACUUCAAUUGCAACAACUGGCUGAGCAAAGUGGAAGGUGACCGCCAGUGGUGCCGCGACCUGCUGGCCAGCUUCAAUGUCAUGGACAUGCCAAGAGGUAACAAGUAUGAAGUCAAGGUGUACACUGGUGAUGUAAUUGGUGCAGGGACAGAUGCUGAUGUUUUCAUCAAUAUCUUUGGAGAGUAUGGAGACACAGGAGAUGAGAGCAUUGUCAUUGAAGAUAUUGGGAACAAAAGAAAAUAUGACUUCCCGCUUAACCGCUGGCUGGCCUUGGAUGAGGACGAUGGCAAAAUCCAAAGAGAUAUUUUAGUGCGUGGAGCUGAGACCACAGCUGUCACAUAUAUUGUCACUGUCUUUACUGGAGACGUCCAUGGGGCUGGAACCAAAUCCAAAAUCUACUUGGUCAUGUAUGGGGCCAGAGGACUUAAGAACAGUGGGAAAAUCUUCCUGGAGGGCGGUGUGUUUGACCGAGGCCGCACAGACAUCUUCCACAUCGAGCUGACUGUUCUCCUUAGCCCCCUGAGUCGGGUCUCCAUUGGGCAUGGCAACGUAGGUGUCAACAGAGGCUGGUACUGUGAGAAGGUCGUGAUCUUGUGCCCUUUCACUGGCAUACAGCAGACCUUCCCUUGCAGCAAUUGGCUGGAUGAGAAGAAAGUAGAUGGGCUGAUCGAGAGGCAGCUCUAUGAGAUGAUGUCACUCAGGAAGAAGCGGCUGAAAAAAUUCCCUUGGUCCUUGUGGGUCUGGACAACUGACCUGAAGAAAGCUGGUACCAACACUCCCAUCUUCAUCCAGAUUUAUGGGCAGAAGGGACGGACGGAUGAGAUUCUCCUGAAUCCCAACAACAAGUGGUUCAAACCCGGCAUAAUCGAGAAGUUCAGGAUUGAGCUCCCAGAUCUCGGCAGGUUUUAUAAGAUUCGGGCAUGGCAUGAUAAGAGGAAUCCUGGUUCUGGAUGGCAUUUAGAAAGGAUGACCCUGAUGAAUACUCUGAAUAAGGACAAGUAUAACUUCAAUUGCAACCGCUGGCUGGAUGCCAACGAGGAUGACAAUGAGAUCGUGAGGGAAAUGACUGCAGAAGGCCCAACGGUGCGGAGGAUAAUGAGCAUGGCCCGUUAUCGUGUGACUGUAUGCACAGGGGAACUUGAAGGUGCGGGGACCGAUGCCAAUGUCUACCUCUGCCUUUUUGGUGACGUGGGUGACACAGGGGAGCGGCUGCUCUACAACUGCAGGAAUAACACUGACCUAUUUGAAAAGGGAAAUGCCGACGAGUUCACCAUCGAGUCGGUCACCAUGAGGAAGGUGCGGAGGGUAAGGAUCCGGCACGAUGGCAAAGGCUCAGGCAGCGGCUGGUACCUGGACCGAGUGCUGGUGAGGGAGGAGGGGCAGCCCGAGAGUGACAACGUGGAGUUCCCGUGUCUCAGGUGGUUGGACAAGGACAAGGACGAUGGGCAGCUGGUUCGAGAGUUGCUGCCCAGUGAUAGCAACGCGACACUGAAGAACUUUCGCUAUCACAUCAGUUUGAAGACCGGGGAUGUCCCUGGAGCCAGCACAGAUUCUAGAGUCUACAUCAAGCUCUAUGGAGACAAGUCUGACACCAUCAAGCAAGUUCUUCUCGUCUCUGACAACAACCUCAAAGACUAUUUUGAACGUGGCCGGGUGGACGAGUUCACCCUGGAGACCCUGAACAUUGGGACUAUCAACCGGCUGGUGAUCGGGCACGACAGCACGGGCAUGCACGCGAGUUGGUUUCUGGGCAGCGUCCAGAUCCGAGUACCCCGCCAGGGCAAGCAGUAUACUUUCCCUGCCAACCGCUGGCUGGACAAGAACCAAGCCGAUGGGCGCCUGGAGGUGGAGCUCUAUCCCAGCGAGGUCGUGGAGAUCCAGAAAUUGGUCCACUAUGAGGUUGAGAUUUGGACAGGGGAUGUGGGCGGUGCAGGCACCACUGCCCGUGUCUACAUGCAGAUCUACGGUGAGCAAGGCAAGACAGAAGUGCUCUUCCUCUCCAGCCGCUCCAAAGUUUUUGACCGGGCAUCCAAGGACACAUUCCAGUUGGAGGCGGCUGACGUGGGCGAGAUCUACAAGAUCCGGCUUGGGCACACGGGUGAGGGCUUCGGGCCCAGCUGGUUCGUGGACACCGUGUGGCUACGGCACCUGGUGGUGCAGGAGGUGGAGCUCACGCCCGAGGAGGAGGCCCGCAAAAAGAAGGAGAAGGACAAGCUGCGGCAGCUGCUGAAGAAGGAGCGGCUGAAGGCCAAGCUGCAGAGGAAGAAGAAGAAGAAGAGAAAGGGCAGCGACGAGGAGGACGAGGGGGAGGGGGAGGAGGAGUCCUCAUCAGAAGAGUCCUCCUCGGAAGAGGAGGAAGAGGAGGAGACCGAGGAGGAGGAGGAAGAGGAGGAGUUUGGGCCGGGGAUGCAGGAGGUGAUUGAGCAGUACAAGUUUGAAGCCCACCGCUGGCUGGCCCGGGGCAAGGAGGACAAUGAACUUGUCGUGGAGCUGGUGCCGGCUGGCCAGCCGGGUCCUGAGCCCAACACCUAUGAGGUCCAGGUGAUCACAGGGAACGUACCCAAGGCUGGCACUGACGCCAACGUCUACCUGACCAUCUAUGGCGAGGAGUAUGGAGACACAGGCGAACGGCCCCUGAAGAAAUCAGACAAAUCCAACAAGUUUGAGCAGGGGCAGACAGAUACCUUCACCAUCUAUGCCAUUGACCUGGGGCCUCUGGCCAAGAUUCGGAUUCGCCAUGACAACUCAGGCAACAGAGCAGGCUGGUUUCUGGACCGAAUAGACAUCACUGACAUGAACAACGAGACCACGUAUUACUUUCCAUGCCAACGCUGGCUGGCCGUGGAGGAGGAUGAUGGGCAGCUGUCCAGGGAGCUACUGCCAGUGGACGAGUCCUACGUGCUGCCACCAAGCACGGAUGAGGAGGGUGGUGGUGGUGACAACAACCCCCUCGACAACCUGGCCCUGGAGCAGAAAGAUAAAUCCACCACGUUCUCAGUGACCAUAAAGACCGGGGCCAAGAAGAAUGCGGGUACAGAUGCCAAUGUCUUCAUCACACUCUUCGGCACGCAAGACAACACGGGAAUGACGCUCCUGAAGUCCUCCAAAACCAACAGUGAUAAGUUUGAGAGGGACAGCAUCGAAAUCUUCACGGUUGAGACCCUGGAUCUGGGAGACCUGUGGAAAGUCCGGGUUGGCCACGACAACUCAGGCAAAGCCCCAGGCUGGUUUGUAGACUGGGUAGAGGUUGACGCCCCAUCUCUUGGAAAGUGCAUGGUGUUCCCCUGUGGCCGCUGGCUGGCCAAGAAUGAAGACGAUGGGGCCAUCGUCAGGGACCUCUUCCACGCGGAGCUUCAGACGAGGCUGUACACACCAUUUGUUCCUUAUGAGAUCACCCUCUACACCAGUGAUGUCUUUGCCGCUGGUACAGAUGCCAACAUCUUCAUUGUCAUCUAUGGCUGUGAUGCUGUGUGCACCCAGGAGAAGUACCUGUGCACCAAUAAGAGGGAGCAGAAGCUGUUCUUUGAGAGGAAGUCGGCCUCCCGCUUCAUCGUGGAGUUAGAAGAUGUGGGAGAAAUCAUUGAAAAAAUUCGGAUUGGCCAUGAUAAUACAGGCAUAAAUCCUGGGUGGCACUGCUCCCACGUGGAUAUCCGCAGGCUCCUCCCAGAUAAAGAUGGUGCAGAGACCUUAACUUUCCCCUGUGAUCGAUGGCUUGCCACCUCUGAGGAUGACAAGAAGACCAUUAGGGAACUGGUUCCUUAUGACAUCUUCACUGAGAAAUACAUGAAAGAUGGCUCCUUAAGGCAAGUCUACAAGGAAGUGGAGGAGCCUCUGGACAUUGUGCUGUACUCCGUGCAGAUCUUCACGGGAAAUGUCCCUGGGGCGGGGACAGAUGCCAAGGUCUACAUCACCAUCUAUGGAGACCUGGGGGACACCGGAGAGCGGUACCUAGGCAAGUCCGAGAACCGCACCAACAAGUUCGAGAGAGGAACGGCCGACACCUUCACUAUUGAGGCCGCUGACCUUGGUGUGAUCUACAAGAUCAAGCUCCGCCAUGACAACACCAAGUGGUGUGCAGACUGGUAUGUGGAGAAGGUGGAGAUCUGGAAUGACACCAACGAGGAUGAGUUCUUGUUCCUGUGUGGGCGCUGGCUGUCCCUGAAGAAGGAAGAUGGGCGGCUGGAGAGGCUCUUCUAUGAGAAGGAGUACACCGGGGACCGCAGUAGCAACUGCAGCAGCCCUGCUGACUUCUGGGAGAUUGCCCUGAGCUCCAAGAUGGCCGACGUGGACAUCAGCACCGUGACUGGGGCCAUGGCUGCCUAUGUCCAGGAGGGCCCAGUUGUUCCCUACUAUGUGUCGGUCACUACUGGGAAGCAUAAAGAUGCAGCCACUGACAGCCGAGCCUUCGUCAUACUCUUUGGGGAGGAUGAUGAGUGUAGCAACCGCAUCUGGCUGGACUACCCCCGAGGGAAGAAGGGCUUUGCCCUUGGCUCUGUGGAGGAGUUCUACGUGGCCGGCUUGGAUGUGGGCGUCAUCAAGAAGAUUGAGGUGCUCUAUGAAAUGACAGUGUGGACAGGGGACGUGGUCGGCGGGGGCACUGACUCCAACAUCUUUAUGACCCUCUAUGGCAUCAAUGGGAGCACAGAGGAGGUGCAGCUGGACAAAAAGAAAGCCAGGUUUGAGCGGGAGCAGAACGACACCUUCAUCAUGGAAAUCCUAGACAUUGCUCCAUUCACCAAGAUGAGGAUCCGGAUUGACGGGCUGGGCAGCCGGCCUGAGUGGUUUCUGGAGAGGACUCCUGGCUCCUCCAAGGAGUCCAGGAUCAAGGCUGUGUCAGAAAGGACAGCACCCAAGCCUCAUCUUAUGCACCCCCCAGGAGCAGGCACUGAUGCCAAUGUGUUCAUCAUCAUCUUUGGGGAGAAUGGGGACAGCGGGACACUGGCCCUGAAGCAGUCAGCCAACUGGAACAAGUUUGAGCGGAACAACACAGACACGUUCAGCUUCUCCGACAUGCUGAGCCUGGGCCACCUCUGCAAGUUGAGAGUCUGGCACGACAGCAAAGGGAUAUUUCCUGGCUGGCAUCUGAGCUACAUCGAUGUGAAGGACAACUCCCGUGAUGAGACCUUCCGCUUCCAGUGUGACUGCUGGCUCUCCAAGAGCGAGGGUGACAGACAGACCGUCCGCGACUUUGCCUGUGCCAACAAUGAGAUCCGUGAUGAGUUGGAGGAGACCACCUACGAGAUCGUCAUAGAAACAGGCAACGGAGGCGAAACCAGGGAGAAUGUCUGGCUCAUCCUGGAGGGCAGGAAGAACCGAUCCAAAGAGUUUCUGGUGGAAAAUUCUUCUAGACAGCGGGCCUUUAGGAAGGGAACCACAGACACGUUCGAGUUUGACAGUGUCUACUUAGGGGACAUUACCUCCCUCUGCGUGGGCCAUCUCGCCAGGGAGGACCGGUUCAUCCCCAAAAGAGAGCUGGUCUGGCAUGUCAAGACCAUCACUAUCACCGAGAUGGAGUAUGGCAAUGUGUACUUCUUCAACUGUGACUGCCUCAUCCCCCUCAAGAGGAAGAGGAAGUACUUCAAGGUAUUUGAGGUCACCAAGACCACGGAGAGCUUUGCCAGCAAGAUCCAGAGCCUGGUGUCUGUCAAAUACGAGGUCAUCGUGACAACAGGCUAUGAGCCUGGGGCAGGCACUGAUGCCAACGUCUUCGUGACCAUCUUUGGGGCCAAUGGGGACACCGGCAGGCGUGAGCUGAAACAGAAGAUGCGCAACCUCUUCGAGCGCGGCAGCACCGACCGCUUCUUCCUGGAGACGCUGGAGCUGGGCGAGCUGCGCAAGGUGCGGCUGGAGCACGACAGCAGCGGCUACUGCUCCGGUUGGCUGGUGGACAAGGUGGAGGUCACCAACACCAGCACCGGCGUGGCCACCAUCUUCAACUGCGGCCGGUGGCUGGAUAAGAAGCGGGGGGACGGCCUCACCUGGAGAGACCUCUUCCCUUCUGCCUGA